UUCCAUUCACCAACAUGGCGGCGCUCAACUGUUCCGUGGCAACUCUCUUCACGUCUGCUGACGCGGUUUUCAGUGGCACAGGCUGUCCAGAGGCUGCUCUACUGUGUGGGAUGAAUAUCUCCUGGGUUUUGACCAACUCCACUCAACAAGAUCUAGAUGAGCUAUGUUUGAGUGAGGACGAGUACCUGACCAGGCACCUGGGGCCUCUGCGCUCCCCUGUGUUCUUUCCCGUCUGUGUCACCUACCUCACCAUCUUCCUGGUGGGCGUCCUGGGCAAUGCCCUGACCUGUGCGGUCAUUUUACGCUACCGGGUGAUGCAGACCCCCACCAACUACUACCUGCUGAGCCUGGCGGUGUCUGACCUGCUGGUGCUGCUGCUGGGCAUGCCGUUAGAGCUCUACGACAUGUGGCAGAACUACCCCUUCCUGCUCGGCGAGGGAGGCUGCUACUUCAGAACCUUUCUGUUUGAGACGGUCUGUUUCGCCUCCAUCCUUAACGUCACCGCGCUCAGCGUGGAGCGCUACGUGGCGGUGGUCCACCCCCUGAAGGUCAAAUACAUGACCACUCGUGCGCACGUCAAGAGGGUCAUCCUCGUACUGUGGGCUCUGUCCAUGAUGUGCGCGGUGCCAAACACCAGUCUGCAUGGAAUAAUGAUGCUGCCUUCAAAGUUUGGACGACAGUUUCCUCGGUCUGCAAUCUGUCACGUGGUCAAACCCACCUGGAUGUACAAUCUGAUCAUCCUGAUUUCCACGCUUGCCUUCUUCCUGCUCCCAAUGCUGAUCAUUAGCAUUUUCUACAUGCUCAUUGGCGUACAGCUCCACAGAGAGAGGACCAUGACUGUGGUGGGCACCGGGUGUAGCUUUGGACCAGAAGGUCUGUCCAGGUCCCAUAAGCAGAAGCUCAGCAAACGCAACGUGCAAGUCACCAAAAUGCUGUGUGUGGUGGUGGUUGUGUUCGGCCUCUGCUGGGCUCCCUUCCACGUGGACCGCUUAAUGUGGAGUUACAUGGACACCUCCUCUCAGCAGCACCUCAAGAUCUUCGAGCAUGUCCACAUCAUCUCUGGGGUCUUCUUCUACUUGAGCUCCGCCAUCAACCCCAUCCUGUACAACCUCAUGUCCAGCAGGUUCAGAGAAAUGUUCAGUCAUGUGACGUGUUACUCCAGCAGCUGGCCCGCACGCUCCAGCUUGCAGAUGAUACGGCGCAGCACCUUCACCGAGAGCGUGCCUAACCCUACGAAAUGGACUCCUGAACCAAAGAACAUUAGACACUGAUGGGCAACAGAUUGUGGAGGAACGCAACAAAUAGAGGGCGCAAAGGGUCACUGAUGGUUUGUAUUGUAGGCAGACACAAUUCAAUCCUGCUCACUACCUAUUCCAUGACAGAUUACAAGAAGAGCAAACUGUCCGAUUCCAAUCACAAAGUAAUGACUCGUGUCCUCGCAGAUGGAGUGAAGUCUACCGAGCUUUAACAUCACCCUCCGACACGAUAUUGCAUUCAAAAUAAAGGAAAUAGCUGGGCCACACGGUUUGGUUAGCGACGCGGUCGGAACAAGGGUGGAGUUUGCAUGUUCUCCCCGUGUGCGAGGGUUUUCUCCGGCUUUCUCCCCCACAGUCCAAAAACAUGCAAUAUGGGGAUUAGGCAUAUUGGACAUUCUAAAUUGACCGUGAGUGUGAGAGUGGAUGGCUGUUUGUCUCCGUCCAGGGUGAACCCCGCCCUUCGCCCUAUGUCACCUGGGAUUGACACCUGCGCCGGCCACGACCUUCAUGUGGAGGAUAAAGAGGGAGAAGAUGGAUGGAUUAUUGUUAUUGUGAUGCUUGCUCCUGUUUAUAUGUUUUCUAUUCAGUCACCUGAUGAAUAGAGCUGUGUGAGAUUUAGGAUGAACCCUUAUCAUCAUCAUCAUCAUCAUCAUCAUCAUCAUCAUCAUCAUCAUCACCAGCACAGGUAAUUAGGGAACAUUAUUAUUAAUGCAGAUUUCUGGAGGCUUGUGGUGGUCAAGUACAUCUACAUAGGACGUUUCCGCUUUGUAUUAAAACCCGUCACAAAGAACGAUAACUGUGUGACCAUGGGUUACUUGAUGAGCCGUUAAGAGAAGCACUUAUGGGAAGAAAAUAAGGAGCCGUAUUACGACACACUGAGCGUAUUAGUAGUAACUCAAAUCCCAUUAAGAGCCAACAAAACAAUGA